CAAGGGCUCAGCCCCGCCGCGGGGGAGGCGGGGGACACGCCACUCUCGGUCCGUGGGCGAUGCUGGCGGUGCUGGCCCCGCUGCUAGCCCCGCUGCUAGCCCCGCUGCUAGCCCCGCUGCUAGCCCAACUCCCGGCCGCGGUGACCACCCCGGCCCCGCUGACCCUCGCCGUGGUUCUGCCCCGCCGCAACCUCACCUACCCGUGGGCUUGGCCGCGCGUGGGUCCGGCCGUGCGUUUGGCCGCGGCCGCCGUGAACGCUCGCCGGGAUCUCCUGCCCGGCUUCACCCUGGGCUGGGUGUUCGGCGACAGCGAGGAUCGCCACGGGGUCUGCUCGGAAAUGGCCGCGCCGCUGGUGGCCGUGGACCUGCGGCUCGCCCACCAGCCCGCGGCGUUUUUGGGGCCGGGCUGCGUCUAUUCCGCGGCGCCGGUAGCCCGUUUCACUAGCCACUGGCAGCUGCCGCUGGUCACGGCCGGGGCAGAAGCGCACGGCUUCGACGACAAGAGCGAAGAGUUCGGGCUGACCACCCGAGCCGGACCAAGCCACCGCAAACUGGGCGAGCUGGGCGUGCAGCUKCACCGGCGCUUCAACUGGACCCGGCGGGCUCUGCUGGUUUAUUGGGACGAGGGGGUGGACGAUCGGCCCUAUUUUUUCGCCGCCGAGGGUUUGUACGUCCAACUGCGCACCCUGAGCAACCUGACCGUCAUGGACGUGGUGUUCCGCCACGGCGGCAACUUCUCCUUCAUCAUCCAGGAGAUCAAGGCCAAGGGGCGCGUGGUGUACCUGUGCUGCGCCCCGGACACGCUGCGGGCGCUGCUGCUGCAGGCGGAGCUCUCGGGGCUCACGGGCGGCGAUUUCGCUUUUUUUUACAUCGACACGCUGGGGGCGAGCCUGACGGGAGCGCGCUUCCCCGAGCCCCGCCGGCCCUGGCUCCGCGGGGACGCGCACGACGCGCGGGCACGGCGCGCCUUCCAG